AUGGCCGGACAUCUGCUCAUCCUCUUCAUCAUUCUUUUAGCUCCUACACUGACCGUGGAGCCAGAGCUUAUUAUCGAUUCAGACCGGGUUCACUUAAAGUGUCACACUAUAUUUAAAGACUCUCAGUGCUACUUCAGUUUUGAUUAUUCACAAUACAAAACAUUCCCCUGUCAGCACACACUGAGUGGACAGAAGCUGCGGUCUUUAGUGAACAAGCGCUCUCCAGCCGACGUGACAGUAACAUGUCUGUACGUUACAAAAUCAGGCUCAUCUCGACAAAGUAACAAGAUCAUUGUCCACAUUAGAGACCUGGCUCGUCCCUCUUUGUCUGUAGAACCAUCAGUGAUCACAGAGACAGACUCAGUUACUCUGCACUGUCAGCCUCCAGCCUUUGCCUCUCAGUCUCUGUGCUCCUUUAUUUUAAAUGGAGUCAUCCAGAGCAGCUCCCCCUGUGUCCAGACUGUGAGAGGAUCAGAUCUGCUGAAGGACCAGAGUCCUCCUGCUCAAGUUAAAGUCCAGUGUUUUUACACAAUCAAUGGGAAAUGGACCAAUUCUCCCCACAGCAGUGAACAAACUGUCACCAUUCAGAGUCCAAAACCAGAAGUGAGUGUUGAAGUUCAUAAUGACCUGGUUGGCAUUUUCUGCUCGCUGCUUGGAUCUGCAAACUCCCAAACAAUGUGUCACCUGUACUACGGAGAAUCACUGCGCCCAUUCCUCACAAAAAAUGCUGAGGUAAAAAUGACAGACAGCAGACGUCUUUGCUAUAUUUCCACCUCUUUAGAUGCUUUGUGGAGAGAUCUUACUACUUUGAAGUCAAAAGAAAUCAGUUGUGAUGACCGUUUAGAAAAUGGAGACAAAUCCCCUCGCAGUGAUGGAUACGACAUGAGCGCUUUCAUAAAGAAUACACCAGUGCCCCAGCCCCAUGUGACUACAGCUGUAUUAGAGCCAGUGAAGACUACAACCCCAGGUCAUGUGACAGGAAGUGAGCCCAAAACCUCAAGUCCAGGUUUGCCUUCAUCGAGGACUCUGGUGUGGGAUGUUCUAAUUCUGUUACUGCAUACAGUGAUAGCUCUUAGCCUCCUCUUAGCACUGAGCUUCUGCUGCACAAGAAUACUCAGUGACACAAACUCAGAGGAUCCAAACAACGAGGCUCUGGCACUGAAGAAAAUGGUGGAUGACAAAUAUGUCAAAGAAAAGGCAAAGGCAAAAAUGGAGGUUGCUAAAGUGUCAGCUGUUAGCCUGACUGCUGACAUGUGGACCUCCAUUAAUACAGAUGCCUAUUUGGCCAUCACCGGUCAUUACAUUAAUGGAGAAGACAAACUGGACACAGUGCUGCUUGGAGUGGAGCAUUUCCAAGAGUCACACACUGCAGACAACUUGGCUGAAGCAAUGACCAAGCAGAUGGAGGAGUGGCACAUCAAGAGCAAAGUUAAAUGUAUUGUCACUGAUGCUGCCUCAAAUAUUAUUGCUUGUGCCAAAAAUGUACAGAUUAGAUGUUCCUCAUGUAUUGCACACAGACUCAAUUUGCUUGUGCGAAAAUCUUUCGAGGACAUCACUGCACUAAAUGAAAUAAGACUCAAGGCUUGA